UGUAGUUUUCCUAACUCUAGUUUCCCGUUGAGACGCACAUUAAGCAUACAAUAUAAGGACUACAGUACCCAGCAUUCAGUGCGAGAGCGGCGUCUGCGUUUAAACGUGUUUAAGAGAGGCUUGAUGGGAUGCCAGGUGUAGUUAAUGUUUCAGCUAUGAACAAUCCCGACCAAGCCGUGGCUGAAGCUCUGGAUCAGUUCUGCAACGCCCGGGAGCAAACAUACGAGCAGUUCCUGUCCACUUUCACGUACCUGACUCCAGAGAAUGUGAGGGAUCUGCGUUUGACUGCUCCUGGAGGACAUAGAGACUUGUCCCGUAGAGAGAUGGACAGCAGCCGAGAGCGACAACGAGUGGAGGAGGUGACAAUGAUGGAGGAGAGCAUGCACCGACGGAUGGGACAGGCCAACCGCUGCUCACCGACUGCUGAUCAGGAAGAGAUGCUGCUGGAUGGCGGUUGUGUUGGAGGAAGGCUGGGCGGCCAAUCAGGCUCUGCUCCAGAAAGACCCGUGAAGUUUGAUAAUUAUUUGGGAGAUUCUGAGGAUGAAGAGGAAACCACUGAUGCUACAGGUACAUGUGCACUACCAGGUGAGAUUGAAGAAGAGCUGAUAGCUGUCUCCUCUCCAUCACUCUGUCACCACACACUGCUGGAGAUCUCCUCUACUUUCACAGACCACAGGACACACACUCCCAUUGCCGCAGAGAAUCAGGAUGAAAAUGACGAGGUUGUUCCUUUCCACCUGGACGAGGACUUCGAUUACGAUAAUGUUGUGCUUUCUCACAAAUACGUGAUCCAGGAACAGAACAGCAGACCGUCUUGACCUGUGAAUGAAUGUCAGUGUGGCACAAGCUUCUAACAGCUGGUUUUACAGCCUUAAUACAAUCCAAAAUGUUUUUAUUCUGUCAAAGUAGGAAGACCGUUUGCUGUUUUGAGUGUUAAUUGAAACUUUUUUUCUGUUAAUUAACAGUUUCCAUAUUUUGUGAUUACACAAGCGUUUAUUUACGGUUGUGAAUUGCAUUAUGGGAGCUUGAUCUCUGCUCUGUCGACUUUUGAUGUUGAAAAUGUAAUUCUACACUUUAACAAAGUGACUAUCAUUGAUGUUUUAGUAGUUUGAAAUGGGAAAUAUCGAGGAAUAAGUCUGUCAAAUAACAGAAGAUGUACUGGCAUUACAAGGUUUUUGUAGUGUAAUUUCCUGCACCAAUACAGACAAUAUAUCACUUUAAACUAUUCAAAACAUAAAUAAAAGUCACUUUUCAAACUUUUAAAGGUUAAAAGUUGAUGGAGGAAAGAUGAAGGUGCAAUUCAAAUGCAUAAAUAAGCAGAAAAAUAAAAACUUGAAUCACAAAAUAAAGAAAACUGCUGUUUUAUGAA